GGGGUUCAAGUCACAACCUUGCAAUACUCUUGGUAAUAAUAUAAUACCAAAUAAAAUGGGGUUCAAGUCACAACCUUGCAAUACUCUUGUUAAAAAUGCUAUGUCAGGCCCGAUUUUGUUGUCCUCAAGUAAUAAUAUAAUACCAAAUAAAAUGGGGUUCAAGUCACAACCUUGCAAUACUCUUGCUAAAAAUGCUAUGUCAGGCCCGAUUUUGUUGUCCUCAAGUAAUAAUAUACCAAACAAUAUGGGACUGGAUAUGACAAAAGGUACUAUCACUGAACCCCUAACUUUAAAAUUUGCUUUUGGUCCAUAUUCUUAUUUUAAGCAACAGAGGGGAAAUACACUGAAUAAACUUGUUCAUAAUUAUCAACCUCUCAAGAUUCCAUUUGUUUUCCAGCCUACAACAUCAGAAUGGAAAAAAUAUCAUUCCGAUAAGUUAGGCAUGACUUUGAUUGUGUCGCAAAAUACUCGAAAUCAUUAAGCUUGGGGGAUCCUGAUAAGGUUGAUUUAAUUAUAGGUGAUGGAAACUGUUUUUUCAGAUGUCUUAGCAAGGAAAUCAGUAAUGAUGAGCAAUAUCAUCAAAUAAUCAGGAGUGUUAUGAUAUCCUUUAUGGUUCAAGAAAAACAUAUAAAUUUCUUUAGCGUAUUCAUAGGGGAUAACACAAUGGAUUACAUUGUGAAAAACAAAAUGGGUUGCAAUGGCACUUGGGCCACAGAUAUUGAGAUUUCCUGUGCAGCUACAUUGCUUCAAACAAACAUCUUCGUUUUUUAUAAUGACAAAUGGCUUUUAUUUCAUCCAUUAUUUAUUAUUCCUGAAAUAAAUAAAUU